CAAUGGCAAGGAUUCCGAUGUGAAGGUGCUGGCGGAACUCGGAGAAUACAAUUGAGUACAGGACACAAACGCGAACGCACACGCUUCAAUUGUGGGCGCUGCCACGGGAAAACCAAGUUGAACCAGUGCCUAACAGAAAAAUUAAAAAAAAUAAUUGCUAAAACCGAUAAUUUUCCUGAUUCAACUUGCCAACUACUCGCCAUCUGAUGAAACCCAAAAGCAAAAUUUCAAUUUAAGCAAAAUCAAUACUGAAAAUCAACAAAUGAAAAUAUCAAAAGAGUGCGGAGCAUAAUUUAAUUUACCAGCCAAAAAAAAAAACCUGUGCAUAAAGCCCGUGCGAAAACCCAACUGCAACCAACGAAAUAACAAAGUUACAAGCGAUACAAAAUCAACAACAAUUUUUGGAAUUAAUUUUAUUUGAUGCGAGCGCUCAUAAAAAUUUACAUAGAAAGCGGCAUAAAAUAAAUACACCCAGCCAGAGUGCCAGCUAACCAUCGAGGAAAAACGCGAGCGACAAAAGUGAAUUGGUUAACCAUGGAAAAGGCGUAACUGGCAACUGCUGACCCAGGCCCUAUAACUUUAGAUGAGCGCGCCACUGUGCCACAAUUUCGGUUUACACCUGUCGAAGCUGCCACUCCCACGAGGAACUUUUUCUACAACAACCAUAACAACAACAAUUGCAACAACAACUACAAAAAGAGCUAGAAAAACAAAAACAAAAAGAGCAAGAACAUCAGUGAUAUGGAACUGUGCAUAGCAACAAAGUCAAAAACGGUUAACGCUCAGAGUUCAAUGCAGCAAAGCAGCAAAUGCAGCAACUACUAUCAAAAGAAAUGCCACCAAAAUCAAACAAACACUCAAGUACAGAGCACUCAGCAAAACAAUUGCAGCAGCCACAGAGAUCGAGACCACCUGACAAAGCAGCAACAAAACCAACGAACAAAUAGUGCAACAGCAACAUCGUCAUCAUCAAAUUUUAACAAUAACAACAGCAGCAGCAGCAUCACCAUCAGCAGCAGCUGCAACAUCAACAUCAAAAGUAGUAAAAACAUUAGAAAGCCCAGUAGAAGCAUACAAUUAAACACGCUCUAUUCGCUGCUGGUGCUUUUGAUAGUCGGCCUUGCCACAGUUAUUGCCCAACCCAGCCUCCCAGAUCCCUCCUCCACUCACUUUUUCCGCGAGACCAGGAGGGAUGCUCUUUUGGCCUACUAUAAACGCGCCCAUUUGCAGCAGAGUGGCGCCAUUUCUUCGGGGCACGAGCAUGAGUAUCACCUGCAUCACGAUGCCAAUGUCCUUGACUUUGACGAGCUAACGCCCACCGUCAGCAGCGUGUCUGUCCUAAGUCGGGCGGAGCGUUUUCGUUUGCGUAAGCGCAGUGCCACGCCUACAACGCCAGCAACUGUCGCAGCUGCAACAGCGGCAACAUCGUCAGCUGAUGUUGCAACUCCAGCAGCAGCAGCCACAUCAUCGAAGGAGGCGACAGCCAACAGCAAGAAACCGGAAGAGAAGUGCGAGCCAAAAGUUCUGGAAACGCAGCCAGAUGAGCCGUUUUACGACUACACAGACAUCGCUGAGGAUGCUGCACGCCAGUUUAUUGAAUUUUUAUCGAGUAAAUUCCCAAAUGCCAACACACCGAUUACCAUCGAUGAGCCAACGCGUGAGGAGGUAAGUCGGAGGGCCAAUGGAAUCGCCAGUUAUGCCCUCAACGAGGACGACAAUCUCCUGGCCUUCGCCAUUGCCGCACCAAGCAUUCACACAGUGGUCGUUAAAUUCAGGGAUAACGUUACGAUACCACCGGAUCAGGUGCACAAUAAGGCGUAUUUGGGUUCCUAUUGGAGGGAGUUGGGUGCGGCCUGGAAUAGCACGGAUGGCACACAGGAAUGGGGGGCACCAUUCCGCGACUGCAACCUGUUGACACGACGCUGGCUCUGGCCAUUUCGUAUAUCCUUCAGCGAACACAGGAUCAAAGUUGUGGCGGCUGCGUUUAUUGCCGCCGAUGAGGAUGUGUGCAACGAUGGUCUGGAAGAAGUUUUCGGUCGUCGUCAUGGUUGCGAUCGGAAUACGACUUUCUGCCUGCUCACUGAGAAUAAGCCCGCCGCCACUAGGGAUGUUUACACAUGUCUUUGCCGUGAAUCCUAUUACCUGCCCAACUCCACGCUCCAGGGAUUCCGUGGCGAUCGAGUGGAGCUAUCCGAGGGCUAUGACAACUACUCCUGUAUACCAUGCCCUGGAGGAUGUUCGAACUGCGAUAACAACGGCGUCUGCCUCACCUUCCAGGAGGAGGAGGUACUAAAUGUGGACGCCUGCCUGCGCCUCCUGGUGGCCAUCGUUCUGGGUGCCUGCAUCCUGUGCUGUGUCGUCCUCGGCGUUAUUGUCUUCCGGCAGAGAAAGUGCAAGGCCAUUGCCUCAGGCAUGUGGACUGUGCUGGAGACGAUACUGCUGGGCAUUGUUUUACUUUAUGCAUCUGUUGCCGUCCAUUUCUUUCCCGCCUCCACCGAGCGCUGUCUCCUGGAACCAUGGCUCCGUGAGCUGGGCUUCAUCACCUGCUAUGGAGCCAUCAUCCUAAAGUUAUAUCGUCAUUUGGUGGACUUCCGCACCCGCAAGGCCCAUCGUUGGGUGCUGAGGGAUGUGGAUCUGCUCAAGUAUCUGGGCACUAUGGUCUUCGCUGUCAUCUGCUAUAUGGCCGCUUUUACGGCCUCGUCGCUGGAUCUUCUGGAAAGUGCCCAGCUGGAGAGUCUCAGGGAGGCGGACACGAACACCUGCCAUCCGCUCAAAUGGGAACUGGUCACGCAGACCAGCGAAAUGCUCAUCCUGUGCUUCGGCCUGCAUUUGGCCAUUGCCAGCCGGAAUGCCAAUACUCAGUUCAGGGAACGACAAUUUCUGGUGACCGCCUUGACGCUGGAGUUCUUGGUCUCGUCUAGCUUCUAUUUUCUGCGCUUUGUCUACCUGCCGGAAAUGAGUCCCAGCGCCAUUUUGCUGGCCCUGUUUGUACGCUCCCAGCUGACGAACAGCUUCGCCUUGGGUCUGAUAUUUGUCCCAAAGUUGUGGUAUCAGCACAAGCAGGUUCGUUCGCUAGCGUAUGAUCUAUCAAUACGUUUACCUGUGGAUGCUUUCAAGGGUACGUCACACGACGCCGGCCAGCGGCUGGGCGGUGGAUAUGCCGGUCUCUGUCUGGGCGACCCGGACAUCGGUGAGCUGACCAUAUCCGAAAUGAGUCCCGAGGACAUUCGCGCAGAACUCAAAAGACUGUACACCCAACUGGAGAUAAUGAAGAACAAGACUCUGAGGCAGGAUAAUCCGCACAUCAGCAAGCGACGUGGCGGACGCAAGGCGGGUCACCGUCGCUUCUCCCUGCAGAAAAAGGGCAGCAAGGAUAAGGCUCUAAGUGCCAAACACCGCAGCAACAAGCAUCAUCAGGAUAUUGAGAUUACCGAGGCAGAACCUUCCCGAACGCCUGAGGAUUCGGUUUGCAGUGCCGAAGGACCCACGGAUACCUAUGCGGAAAUAUCCGGUGUAUCUCACUCAAUGCUCUCCCACUCGAUGGUCUCACACUCCGUUGUCUCGCACUCAAAGUAAGAAACCCCAAACUAAGGAGAUCAUAUCGCAGGAUCAUCAAGGAUAAACUAAACCGAUAAUCCAGCGAACACAGAGAGAUUUGUAUAUAAGUAUUAAACGGUACGAUACAUGUUGGUAUAUGUAGAUAAUAUGUAUAUGUAUGUGAGAAAUAGUUAUUAUAUAGCGCAACAACACAAACAAUAAAGGAAUUACUUUAAUUUCGCGAAGAAAGAAAAAAAGCAGAAAUCAUAUGAAAAACAAGAUGCAAAGACACAAAACACAAACAAUAACAAACACUACUUUAUUUUGAAUGAAACGAGUAAAGUAAAAAACAAAAACAACCUUGAAAGCAGAAUCAAGUUUUAUAAAAUUUUGAUAAAUUUUUAGACGAUUUUACUUUGUUGUUUUUCUCUCUCAGUCUUGAGUUCGAUUGAUUUCGAUAUUAGGAUAGAUCAAAGUUGUACGAACGGUAGAGCGGUAAAACAGAGCCCACCUGUCUAGGUAACGAACAAACUGUAUAAACAAAAGCCACAAACAUUAAUAAAAAAUAACACACCUAUUCCUAAUACACGACUUUUCGGUUUACCUAACUAAGUUCCUUGAUAGUUACUAACACUCGACUUAUUUGCCUAUUGUUUUCAAAUCCAACCCAAAACACUAUCUACUAAAUCUCUAGAACUGCUAGAGAUUAUUGAAAGAGUGGAAACGCAGCGAAAUCAUGAAUAAUCAGUUGUAAAUUUGAGCUUAUAGGCAUUAAAACUAGUAAUUCCCUCAUAACUAUCGUACGUCGUUUACGUCUUACUAAUCUUACCAACUAAAAUAUAUUUGUAUUAUAUAUUGUAUACUUGUAACUCCCACUCAUUACCAUCCAAAGAAAAAACCACUGAAAGGGAAAAACUUUUUGUAAAUACACAAUGUACGAUGAGGAAGUGCAGAAAGGAAUGCAAAUUGUUACAUUUUCAAGACACAGAGUUCCCGAUCGAGAGUGAAAAUCAUAGGAAAAUGCUUAAUAGAGGCUUAAGUACUUUUUUUUUUUACAUUAGCCGAACA